CACGAGUUUUACUGUCUAUCGUAAGCUGUCCAGGCAACCGAGCUACAAUGUCGCGAAUCGUUCUCGUUCUCCUCGUCGUUAUGGCGGUGUUCUCUGCCAGUUCGCACAGCCAACAGUGCGGUCAAAACGAGGAAUACAAUGCCUGUGGUUCGGCCUGCGAACCAGCCUGUGGCCAAGCCCCAAAGCAAGUCUGCACGGCGCAAUGCAUAAUAGGUUGCCAAUGUAAGUCAGGAUACUUGAGGAACAAUAACGGAGCUUGCGUCAGUCCACAGGAGUUCCUGUCGGACAGAGUUGUAACCGCUCCAGCUGACGGAGGAAGUAGUACCGAACUUGGGAUUGUGUGCGGCAGAAACGAAGAGCCGACGAAAUGCAUCGCAUGUAUACCAACCUGUGAUCAUCCCCUGCCUCUGGUGUGUCACAAUCCACCGAAUUGUCAGUCGGGUUGCAAGUGCAAGUUGGGCUUCUUGAAAGACAGCGACGGCGACUGCGUGACGAUCAUAGGUUGCAUAAUCGAUAACAUAAAGAACGGACGCGAAUGGUCCAUCGCCGAUCUUAUGAAGUUUCCACAGCAGAAAAACACUACAAACAUGUCUCGCGCUGUAGUGCUUCUCUUCAUCGUCGUGGCUCUUGCCUACACCACCGCGUUUCCCCAGGACAUGGAAGCUGCUCAGGAGUGUGGACCUAACGCUGUGUUCAACGCUUGCGGAUCGCCCUGCCAAGAUACCUGUGACGGGCCUGCCAAACCGAUCUGCACACUGAGAUGCGUGAUUGGCUGCCAGUGUAAACCCGGCUACGUGAAGAAUAAGGACAACGAAUGCGUUCUGACGCGCAACUGUUAGACUCCGCAAUCGCGGUAUUUCAUUUUAAUUUAAACGAAAAAAAGACAAGAAAACGUCUGGGACAGUUAUGCACGGUAGAAUGCUUCCUUCGAGCCGGUAUAACAUGAUUAAUUCUUAGUGGUAACCACUACACAAAUGAAAUCUAACACAACUGUUUUAUCGCUUACUUUUGUUAAGCCUGAUGUAUACUGUAUAUCUUUAAUAUAAAAAUUAUAAGCAAGA